GCACAGCUUUGAUAGCAGAUGUUAGCGUUUUAGUUGGUGCAAAAGGGGAAAGACAACGUACUCUUGGAUUGUUAAGAAAGCGAACCAGACAUCAGAGCGGAUACGACUAAUUUUGGCGAUGGCCUUUGUAGCUCUCUUUUCUUCUUUCGCUGAAUUCUGUUUAAUUAAAAGCACAACUAUCUAUCAAGACCGAUAGCUGUCGCCUCGUUCCUUUGUAUGCUCCUUAUACUGCCUGCUCACAAGCUCUCAUCAUAGAAGUAGCAGCACUGGGAGUGGAACGCAGUUUGUAUUCAGUCAGUGUGACAGGCGGCAAAGCAGCAGUCUUGUCUGUCGAAAGACAAUGACUCCACUCAGCUUCCAUGUCGUGCGCAUAACUGUGCUGUACACAAAUCUGUCAGCUUUCGCAGGAAAAUUUUAAGCCAGUUAAGGUGUUAAAAACUUAUCACAUACUCAGAAUGUUGGAAUUUAGCUCAUUCCAAAUUUAGAAAGAAAGCUGUGAUGGUUAUAAGUGUUUUGCCUUUUAUGUGAAAGCAAAUUGUUUUGUAUUUUUAAGCUUAUCUACAAUUAUUGCAACUUGCAACACUUUUUUAAAAGUAGAAAAUAAAGGCCCGCCGUGUUUUUCACACUCUGAUUAUAAUGCACCUCGUAAAUUAAUGGUGUAUUUUCAAACUUUUGUCUUUAAGGUGCAUUAAGUGUGAAAAAAAAAAAUCAGAUAAGUCAGUCAAACAGACUUUAUUACUGGAUUGAUAAUAAUUCUUGAGCUUGUUGGUGACACGCUACACAUUAGAGGCAUUAACGUAUUCACAAUACCUGUAAUUCCCAAUCUUGUUAGCAACAACUCACUGGACAUCUCAACCCCUCCCAUAGACUUCCAUUGAGAAAUAGAUGGUUAUUUCUGUCAUUUCAUUUGUCAGAAUAACCAUUCUUGCCCUGAUACCUUCCUCUUAACAUCUUCAUUCUAAUACCAAUGUUUUGUUAAAGAUAAUUUUUCUUUAUUGCAAGUUAUUCAAGUUAUAAACUGACCAAUCAGAUACCUCAAUAAAAGCAUGUUGUGCCUUUUUGUGAUUGACAGUUUCUCCCAAACCUGUUCUCAGUGGAAGGGAUGUGGGUUUGAACAAGUUCACUCACGUUUGGCGACAGCAGUUCCUCUAAAAACAUGACUCAAACCAAUCACUGUUGACGGGUUUCAAAAUGGCGGCGGCAGUUUCGCGAGGACCCGAGGUGAUUCUCAUGUUGACAAAAUACUUCGACUUCAACUCUGGCAGAGUGACAGAGAGCUCUUUGUGGAGGUCAACUGAUUAUGGGACCACAUAUGAAAACCUUAAUGAGAAAGUCGGGAGUAAAACCAUUCUGAGCUACUUGUACGUGAGUCCAAACAACAAAAGGAAGAUAAUGUUACUGACUGACCCAGAGGUAGAGAGCAGCCUGCUCAUUAGCCUCGACGAGGGGGCGACCUAUCAGAAACACGGCCUAACCUUUGAUAUCCUCAGCCUGCUUUUUCACCCCGAGCAGGAGGACUGGAUCUUGGCUUACAGCCACGACCAAAAGCUUUAUGUGUCCGUUGAGUUUGGGAGGAGAUGGCAGUUUGUCCACGAUGACGUCGUCCCCAACAGAUUCUACUGGUCCAGACUGGGUUUGGACAAAGAGCAAGGACUGAUUCAUCUGGAGAUCCAAGUUUCUGAUGGACGGUCACAGUAUGUAACUUGCAAACUCCAGAACUGCUCUGAUGGAAACAAGGGCAAGCCUUUCCCUGGAUUUAUCAUCCCGAACUCCCUCGUAGUUCAGGAUGAAUACGUUUUCAUCCAGGUAUCAGUAGGUGGCCAGUCAGUCCAUUAUGUGUCGUAUAAAAGAAAUGCUUUCUACCCAAUGAAGCUCCCUAAAUACACUCUUCCCAAGGAUCUGCAGAUAAUCAGCACGGACGAUAACCAAGUGGUGGCGGCGAUUCAGGACUGGCAUCAGAACGAUUCCUACAACCUGUACAUGUCGGAGUCCCGAGGGCUGUUCUUCAUGCUGAUGCUGGAGGACGUGGUGAGCAGUGGAGGACCCGAGGACAAUGUCAUGAUAGAACUCUAUGAGGUUGCUGGGAUUAAAGGGGUGUUCCUGUCAAAUAAAGUUGUUGAGAACCAAGUGAAAACUUAUAUCACAUACAACAAGGGGAGAGACUGGCGUCUUCUUCAGGCUCCAGCAACCGAUCUCCAAGGAAACAAGGUCUAUUGUGAACAACCGUACUGUUCGCUGCAUCUGCACCUUCAUGUUUCGGAGAACCCGUACGCCUCGGGAAAUAUUGUCAGUAAAGAUUCAGCUCCAGGAGUUAUAAUAGCGUCAGGUGUGGUUGGACCUGAGCUGAUCAGUACCAACGUCAGCAUUUUCAUUACAUCUGAUGCUGGAAACACCUGGAAAGAGGUUUUCCAGGAGGAGUAUAGUGUGUUUUUCCUGAAUCAAGGGGGGGCUCUGGUGGCCAUCAGACACACACCGCUGCCAAUUAGACACAUUUGGCUGAGUUUUGACGAGGGCAGAAACUGGGACAAGUAUAGCUUCACCUCUUCUCCCCUGUAUGUCGAUGGGGUGCUUGGAGAGCCUGGAGAAGACAUCCUCAUUAUGACAAUAUUUGGUCAUUUCAGUCACAGAGCUGAGUGGCAGCUUGUCAAAAUCGACUUUCGCUCCAUUUUCAAGCGUCGGUGCGGAUCCGAAGACUACAUCACAUGGCAGUUACACAACCAGGGGGAAGUGUGCAUCAUGGGAAUGAAGAGAUUCUUUCAAAAACUGAGAGAGAACGUUCAAUGUGUCAAGGCCAGAGAUCAAUAUAUUUCCCAGACGUCCGACUCCUGUCCGUGCACAGAAGCGGAUUUUGAGUGCGACUACGGGUUUGAGAGGCAGGUGGAUGGGAGAUGCACUCCGGCUUUCUGGUUUGUUCCUUCAGCAACAUCUCCAGAUUGCACAACGGGGGACACCUUCCUCAAUACGACGGGAUACCGAAAAGCUUUGUCCAACAAGUGCUCAGGAGCGAGUCUUUUAAAGUACAGCCCCAGGCAGGAGAAGUGUCCCAGUCAGGCCCCCAAAGGUCUGCAGCUCUUCACCAGCGAAGGAACGCUUGUAGCAACUCUGGGGAGGAACGUGACCUUCCUAGUCUUUCUAGAAGAGGGUCUCGGCUCCAUGACGAGCAUAACGGUGGACUUUGGUGACGGAACGGCGAUAUCGUACGUGAAUAUAAGCUCCAUCGAUGAUGGGGUCAAGCACAUCUACAGUAAAGUGGGCAUUUACCAAGUUUCAGCCACAGCGAGCAAUAACCUCGGUUCGGAUAGAGUCAUCCUUUACCUCCAUGUGACCUGUCAGCUGGAGCAGGUGGAGCUCACGGCUCCUCUGGUGGUUGUCAAGAACAGAGCCGUAAAUUUCACGACCGUGUUGCAUCCAGCCACCGUGGGAACGGUCACAUAUUUCUGGUGGUUUGACAACAAAACUGAGCCGAUUGUGACCCUCGAUGGAGCAGUUUCCUUCGCUUUUUCCAAUGAAGGCCAUCACAGCGUCACCGUUCAGGCUUUAGCCGGAAAUACCGUCCACCAGGACCAAAGAAUGGUGGCAGUUUAUGAUUAUUUUCAGUCACACGUUUUGGCUUUUUCUUCUAAUCUGGAUGAUCUGAACCCGGGGGUGUCUGAGUGGAGAGAGGACGUCAGCAGGGUUGUGAAGAGCCGCAUAGUCCAGGUCACGGGAAUCAGUGAGAAUCAACUCUUGGUGGCAGUCCUUCCAGGCGUACCGACGACGGCGGAGAUUUUUAUCGUGUCUGAGAGGGCGUCGGCGGAGAGGCCGCUGAAUGAGAAGUGGGUGCACCUGAGUCAGCUUUCUCAGGUUCUGCUGAGUGCUCUGAACCAAGACCUGAUCCAGUUCACGCUCAAACCGGGGGUGCAGGUUAAUGUCUACGCCACCUGGCUGUCUCCAGCUCCUCUUGUGGACAGUGGUGACAGCGUGCACAGUGGGAUUGCAGUCAUCAUGCUUGUGUCGGUGGUCCUGGCAAUCCUGGCGGUCUUUUUGGUAUAUAAAUUUAAAAGGAAGUUUCCAGGCAUGAACACAUACGCCGCAGAGCAGCCGGAUAAAGAGCAAGAGGUGAUCCCCGCAGUGACCUCCUUAGCAGUUCCAGACCCCGAGGAGGACAAAAUGACCUCCCUGGUUCAUGUGGAUGUGCAGCUGGACUCUAAAAGCAGAGGCUACCUGCCAUCUCACACAGACAUCAAGCUCUCUGACGAGGCGCCCCAUGUGUUUUAAUGUUGGGAGUCUAUGACCGACUCGAAAGCAAUACAUCUUCUUUGGCAGUUACUUCCAGUAAGCUACGAAAGCGCGGUCACAAUGAAUGGUCUCAAGUGUUUUGCUACCCAUGCAUGGAUGGACCAGUUCACACUGUGCUGCCUAAAUCCCUCCAAGGAGACUGUACAGAUUUAUACUUGCCUCUUGAAAAGGAACACUUUUUGACUGAAAUACUUGUAUUUUUGCAAGGACAUUGAUCUUUUUAUGUAAAUAAUGUACAUCCAUAAUGGAAGAAGUAAAGUUAUUUGUCUCAGCUGGUUACAGCUACGUUUGCUCAAACAGGAACGCAUCAUGCGCCAGGAAGAGGAGGAGAGAGACGUGUUAUAAUGUAUGGAAAAAAAAAGAAAAAAUCCCGGUUUUGACUUGUGUUUGUGAAGUUUACUUCCCGCAACUGUGCGAAGCUGGCUUAUCGGCGUAAGACAGUGAGAGAAGCAGAUUCAUUAAGCUCUUCGCAAUCAGUACAUCUUAUCACCAGAUUCUCAUCAAAUGAAGGCUCGCAAUAUCCAGGAGAUGAUGGAGGACUCCCUGUCCCAGAUCUGUGUAUUCCAUCAAGCCUGUCUCUGCAGCUCAAAAUGUUAUAUGUGUCAACGCAAAAAAAAAAAUAAAUACACAACAGAAGAUUAUUACAGAUAGGUAUGCACAGAAGAUGAGAAUCUGAGCUGUCCCUCUUGUAUAGGAGACACAAAUAAGUCAGUUUAGGAAAAGCAGAAAUCUGGCUUUUGCUGAUCUGAAUCAUUCAUAUGGUUUUAUUGCAACUCCUAUAUGGGAAUGUUUGGCAGCAAAUUAAUGCUUGCUGCCAAUUUUGUCCAUACAAAUGAUUGAAUAUUUUCCUUGUUGAGCAAGUAAAUCCUGCAGCACAGGAGGUGUUUAUUAUCAUGCAAAAAGGGUGUGCAGUGCCAAAUUUGGGGUUUUAAUUAGUUGUGUCAAGGUUUGUUUGUACAAAAAGACUCCUUGACACAAUUCACAAACUGUUUUCCACCUUCUUUAUUGAAAGUUGUGGAGCCUUUUCAACUAUUUAUUUCCCAUCUCAGUUGUGCCAAAUAUUUUUAUAUCUAUACCACAUUGUUUAUCCACCAACUUUAAGAAAAAAAGCCGUUUCCCAAGCUUCCAGAGAUGCAGAGGAGCACUCAGUCUGUUCGAGGUUUGCCCCUAAGGACUCAGCGGACAAAAGGCUGCAGAUUUGUUCAUCUCCUCCGCUGCGAGGGACACGGAGAUAGAGAAGACGUAUCUCCUGUCAGCACAGCUCAGCCUACGCACACAGCUUCGGUCAGCUGCUGUCUCUUCGGAAUAAGUACUGAGGUUCUUCUUCAUCAGACUUUUCUUUUUAAGUGUUGGCAGCAUCAUAUGUCAGUAAGACAAAUCGACUACAGGCUUCUCCAUACUUCUUCCUCGCAAUCUUCUGAUUGAGCCAGGAGCAUAAAUAAACUCUCAACAUAAGAUCAUUUUAUUUUUUACUCAUUAUGGCUCCAUUUCUUUAAGUUCCAUUCAUUUUCCUGUUAAUACAGUUAUAUUCAAAGAAGUUGCAUGGAGUUUAUUUUUCCUCUUUCAAGCUCCUUGAAACAUGUUUCCAAAAGGGGGAGAAAAAAAUGUUAAAAAUUGUGAAGUAUUUUUAUGUUUCUGGAGAAGCUGACCAACUUUUUCAUAUGAAGUGAAGUGAUUAUCCUGUGAAUUGUUUCUGUGUUUUUCAUUCGAUCUUGCUGAAGUUACCAUGGUUGCAGAAUAAAG